UUCUGAGCAAAAUGGCUCUGGGGAAACCAGGAGCGUCUGGGGGCUGUAAGUGGAGGCUUCCUCUGAGUGGGGAGCCGGAAGUGUAAGGAGAAGACUACCCACUGAUGUCCUUGGCCGGCGCUCUGGGUGUGUGUGGGGUGUCGGGCUGGGGUGGCUGCUCAGCACUCCCUCCUGGACUGGGCGCAGUGCUGCACCUCCUUAGUCCUGGGCAGGCACAGGCUGGCAGCAAUGGCCUGCAGCAGCUUUUCUACGGCUUGGCCCCGGACCAGCUUCCCGCGGUGCCCAGUUCUGUGCCGUGUGCCCAGGGACGUUCAAUCACUGGCAAGUGACCUGAGAGGCCCCUGAGGCUCCUGGAUGCCAGAGCUGUGCUGGCCAGUGCAGCCCUGGCUGCUGGAGUGGCUCUGCCCACGUCCCAGACGCUGCCAGGUGCUAACCAUGUCCCUCCCUGGAUGACCCACAACAGUGUCGAGGCCCUGAGCAAGCCUGGACAGUAGACAUCCCUGAGAUGGGUGCGAGACCCCUGAAGCAAAACCAAGGCCUGUGGGCAUCAGGUGGAAGGAGCAGUGGCCUGCGGCAUUUCUGGGACCAGAGAGAAACCUUGCUGGCUGUGCCUGAGGCCCCACUAUUAAAAACCCACAUCCCCAGGGCUGGCACUGUGCUGUAGUGAGUUAAGCCACGUGGGAUGCCAGUUUGAGUCCCAGCUGCUCCACUGGUGAUCCAGCUCCCUGCUAUGGCCUGGGAAAGCAGUAGAAGAUGGCCCAAGUGCUUGGGCCCCUGCACUCCCACGUGGGUGGGAGACCUGGAAGAAGUUCAUAGUUCCUGGCUUCAGCCUGGCCCAGCCCUGGCUGUUGCAGCCAUUUGGGGGAGUGAACCAGUGGAUGGAAGAUCUCUGUCUCUCCCGCUCUCUGUGUAAUGCUGAUUUUCAAACAAAUCAAUUAUUUUAAAAAUAACCCACAUCCCAGAAACCCAUUCCAUUGUGCUUAAAGCUGUCGGGCUGUCAGAUUGAUUUGAAUGAAUUUUAGAUCUUUCUCAAGAGCCAACUUUUAAUUAGCAUGGAGUGAGCACAGCACACCCGCAGAAGAGUGGAGGUGCUCCGAGAGGGACACUGGCUCAGCCUGGCCCUUCUUGAUGGCCAGCUAGCUGGUGAUGCCCAGGCUGGCUCCUCUGGGGUUUUAUCCUGCCCGCGUGGGGGCCUGGCCUGGUGGGAGGGGGCAUUGUCCCCAGUGAGCAGCCUCAGCGUGGCUGUCUUUGGGGCUCAGCUGCCUCUGCUGACUAUGCUACUGGACUGUCUUGUGUCCCAUAGGGCCGAUGUGUCCCUUCCCCGUCAACCUGAUACCUUCGCUGGCUCCAAAUUUUGCAGUCUAUUUUCAGAUGUGAAAUGAGAGGCGAGGGUUAAUAAGGAAAUGGCCUUGGGUACUCACUGGGGUCAAGGCCAUGCCCAUCUGAACAAGUCCUCUACCACCACUGGCUUGAGGCCAGCACUUCCCCGUCCUCUGAUCCAUCUGGAACCGUGCCCAGUGGGGACUAAGCUCCUGCUCCCUGCUCCUUUCUCCGCUCGGCCCUGAGUCCUCCGGGGAGCAGGGGGGCAGAGCUGAGCGGCCGCCGCCCGGAGCGUGGCAGGAGGAGGGGACAGGGAGGGGAAGGUGGGGAGAUCCGGCGAGAGGGGAGGCUCCAACGUCUCCUUCCUUCCUGGUUCCUGCAGCAGCUGCUGCCACUGCUCAGCUCCGUGAGGAGGGAGCCAGUGACUCAGAGGCAGAGCGCUGUGCGGGCCAAGGAGCACUGGCGUCCAUGGACCUUGGGGUCCCCCUCGGGAGCAGGUGACGCCUUUCCCCUUCCAGCUGCUCUGUUUGCUAGCCAGGAGUGGCCUCUCCCUCCUCCAUGGACGUCCAAGAGAGGGACCCCCCGUCCCUGGCCCAGAACUCUCAGUCCUCAAAGCCCAGCAGCGCCCAGCAGGCCUCGGAGCUGUGGGAGGUGCUGGAGGAGCCCCGCAGCAGGCUGGGGGCAGAGGGUGUCCGGCCUGAGAGGCAGGAAGGCCACCUGCUCAAGAAGAGGAAGUGGCCUCUGAAGGGCUGGCACAAGAGAUACUUUGUGCUUGAGGACGGCAUCCUUCACUAUGCGACCACCCGCCAAGACAUCACCAAGGGGAAGCUCCAUGGCUCCAUCGAUGUCCGGCUGUCGGUCAUGUCCAUCAACAAGAAGGCCCAGCGCAUUGACCUUGACACUGAAGACAACAUCUACCACCUCAAGAUCAAAUCCCAGGACCUGUUCCAGAGCUGGGUGACCCAGCUGCGUGCCCACCGCCUGGCCCAGCGCCUGGACACGCCCCGAGGCCUGCCCAGCACUGCUCACCGGAAGGUUCCCGGCACUCAGCUUCCAACAGCAGGCAGUGCCGCCGCCCUGCCUGGGGUUGGGCCUCGGGAGAAGGUGUCUUCCUGGCUGAGGGACAGUGAUGGGCUGGAUCGCUGCUCUCAUGAGCUCUCUGAGUGUCAGGGGAAGCUGCAGGAGCUGCACAGACUCCUCCAGAGCCUGGAGUCCCUGCACCGCAUCCCCUCAGCCCCUGUGAUCCCCACACACCAGGCUUCAGUGACCACUGAGAGACCCAAGAAGGGGAAGCGGAGCAGCCGCAUGUGGUGCACACAGAGCUUCGCCAAGGACGACAGCAUCGGGCGGGUUGGUCGUCUGCACGGUUCCGUCCCCAACCUGUCUCGCUACCUGGAGUCUCGGGACUCCUCAGGCCCCCGGGGGCUGCCCCCCCAAGACUACGCCCACCUGCAGCGCAGUUUCUGGGCCCUGGCACAGAAGGUGCACAACUCCCUCAGCAGUGUCCUGGCCGCCCUCACUGCUGAACGUGACCGACUCAGGGACCUGCACCCGGGCUCAGAGCUGUCCAGGACAGGGAUCUCCGAGGCCCCUGCCGGCCAGAGGCGCCUCCACUCACUAUCCAUCUCCUCGGACACCACGGCCGACUCCUUCAGUUCCCUCAACCCCGAGGAGCAAGAGGCUCUGUACAUGAAGGGGCGAGAGCUGACGCCCCAGCUGUCGCAGAGCAGCGUCCUGUCCCUGGCCGAUUCCCACACGGAGUUCUUUGAUGCCUGCGAGGUCCUGCUGUCCGCCAGCUCUUCCGAGAAUGAGGGCUCAGAAGAGGAGGAGUCGUGCACCAGCGAAGUCACCACUAGCCUGUCCGAGGAGGUGCUGGAUCUCAGGGGAGCUGAGCACUGUCAGCAAGGGGGCUGUGUUCCAGGGAGACCUGCCGGGCCCCCACGCCGCCGCUGCCUGCCCGCGGCCAGCGGCCCAGGUGCCGACGUCAGCUUGUGGAACAUUCUUCGCAACAACAUCGGCAAAGACCUGUCCAAGGUGUCCAUGCCGGUGCAGCUCAACGAGCCGCUCAACACUCUGCAGCGGCUCUGCGAGGAACUCGAGUACAGCAGCCUCCUGGACCAGGCCAGCCGCAUCGCGGACCCCUGCGAGCGCAUGGUGUACAUCGCCGCAUUUGCGGUCUCGGCCUAUUCCUCCACGUACCACCGCGCGGGCUGCAAGCCCUUCAACCCGGUCCUCGGGGAGACCUACGAGUGUGAGCGGCCCGACCGUGGCUUCCGCUUCAUUAGUGAGCAGGUCUCCCACCAUCCCCCGAUCUCGGCGUGCCAUGCGGAGUCCGAGAACUUCAUCUUCUGGCAAGACAUGAAGUGGAAGAACAAGUUCUGGGGCAAAUCCCUGGAGAUCGUGCCAGUGGGGAUGGUCAAUGUCAGCUUGCCCAGGUUUGGGGACCACUUCGAGUGGAACAAGGUGACAUCCUGCAUCCACAACAUCCUGAGUGGCCAGCGCUGGAUCGAGCACUACGGGGAGGUGCUCAUCCGGAACACAAAGGACAGCUCCUGCCACUGCAAGAUCACCUUCUGCAAGGCCAAGUACUGGAGCUCCAACGUGCACGAAGUGCAGGGCGCCGUGUUCAGCCGGAGCGGCCGUGUGCUCCACCGGCUCUUCGGGAAGUGGCACGAGGGGCUGUACCGGGGACCCCCGCCAGGCGGUCAGUGCAUCUGGAAACCCAACUCAAUGCCCCCAAACCAUGAGCGAAACUUCGGCUUCACUCAGUUUGCCUUGGAGCUGAAUGAGCUGACUGCGGAGCUGAAGCGGACGCUGCCUUCCACCGACACGCGGCUGCGGCCCGACCAGAGGUACCUGGAGGAGGGGAACGUGCAGGCCGCCGAGGCCCAGAAGAGAAGGAUUGAGCAGCUGCAGCGGGACCGGCGCAGAGUGAUGGAGGAGAACCACAUCGCCCACCAGGCUCGCUUCUUCAGGCGGCAGACGGACAGCAGCGGCAAGGAGUGGUGGGUGACCAACAACACCUACUGGAGGCUGCGGGCCGAGCCCGGCUAUGGGAACCUGGAUGGGGCCGUGCUCUGGUAGCCCUGGCCCUGGGGGCAGGGGGACCCGGGGGCCUCACUCCUCCUGCCCCCAGCCCUGCCACAGACACAUGGGUGGGGCUGGGCUCCUCCCUCACUGCCCUUCAAUUAAAGGGGCAUUGCUGGCGGCGGCCCCCCUCUGCUGGCUAGAGGGUCGGCCGGCAUCUCAGCUCCUCGCCACCCAGUGGUUGGGUGAGAAGCAGCAUCCAGGCUUCCCCAGUCUCGUUGCCCCAACAGCCGGCAUGUAAGCUCCAUCAUCCCCUCCCUGUCCCCCGUGGGUGCUCGGGGGAGACCCCAGGCUCCCAGGGGCUGCUCCCCACUUCAGUGCCUUCUUAGGACACAGGGGACCCCCUGAUGCUCCCCAGGCAUUCUAUGCCCAGGGUUCUGAGAGGUUCAAGUGAGCGAGGGAGCAGGCAUGGCCUCUUCUCCUGCUCCGCCCAGCCCCGCUGCUCUCCAGCACCGGUUCCCCUCGCCCUGGCCCAGCAGGACUUUCUCCCGCUCCCUAUGGCUGCUCCCUGGCCAGUCCUCUGUCCCCCUGCAUCCCCUUGCCCCAAACUGCACAGCGCCUGCAGCUGCCCGCCCCUGCGCCCUGACCCGCAAGCGAUUCCCUUCCGUCUCAGUCAGCAGAUCCCCCAUGCACGAUGCCCCUCCGAGAGGCAGGGAGCAGACGAGGCGCCUGGCCUCAGACCCACCGGGAGCGAGUGAACAGGUGUGAGUGUGGACGUCCGUGUAGGAGAGCGUGUGCGCAUGCGUGUGUGCCUGCAUCCUGCUUGCCGGCGAGCAGGAUCCCUUAACCGAGCCAGGACAGCCCUGCGCUGGGCGCCGGCCACAGCUGCUGCUCCUCUCCUGGAGGCUGCCCUCUGGCGCAGGGGAACUGCUAUGACAUUCCAAGCCCCAAUAAAGACUCCCAGACUUUG